UCGGUUUGCCUUUCGGUUCUACCGAUCCCGCUUUAUCUCCUACAUAUGAAUGUGUUGAUGCUUCCAGCUGAUGACCUCCUCCGGCUUCUAUGGACGCAACGAAAGGGAGAUCUGCCCGGCAACUAAAGAGUGAACGGAAGGGAUUUCCUUGCAAACUGUCUUCUAGACACGGAGAAUAAGACUUGUCUGUACAUGCAACGUGAGUCUGGAUUUAAUAGAGAGCGGCCCCACUCCACCCCCAGCCGCGGAUUACUAGCAGCACGUUCAGCACCACACAGAGAGGACAGCUCUCACUAUCUUGCCAUUGAUCCGGUCGCUGGCUCUUGCCGGGGAGGCACCUGUGAUCUGUGACCUCCUUAGGGACUUGGGUCAGUGUUUUAUUUUAAGACGACAUGGAGGUGGGGCCGGAUUGAAGUUGUCAUCCUAACUAACAGUUGUGGCUGUUGACAACUCCUUUCUCCCGGCACAUGUGUAGUUUGGAGGUGGGGAGGGGGAGAGAGAGUACAGGCUCUAUGUGCUGCUCUUCCCAUCCCUGCAAAUCCCUAAUCCUUUCUGUCAUCGCUCUAGGAUACGUUUUGGAAUAACUGGUUUACGCUUUCAGGAAAGGGUUAAACUGAGCCGCAAGAUGUUAUUGCCAUGAAGCUGGAAGAUCCGGAUACCCAUACGGAGAUUUCAUUCGGAAAAAGAUCCAAACGUCGGGGUCGCCUAGGGAGAUUGGGAACUUUCUUCUGCGCUUAGUGAGAGGCGACACCCUAUUCCAAGAUGCCGGUGAGGAGGGGGCAUGUGGCCCCCCAGAAUACCUACCUGGACACCAUCAUCAGGAAGUUUGAAGGACAGAGUCGGAAGUUCCUGAUAGCCAAUGCCCAGAUGGACAACUGUGCUAUAAUCUAUUGUAAUGAUGGUUUCUGUGACAUGUUCGGCUACUCCAGGGUGGAGGUCAUGCAAAGACCUUGUACUUGUGACUUUCUUACGGGUCCAGAAACCACCCACAACAGCAUUACACAACUUGCUCAGGCCCUACUAGGAUCUGAAGAGCGAAAGCUGGAGAUCUUAUACUACAGAAAGGAAGGUUCUUGCCUGCGGUGCCUGGUAGAUGUUGUCCCGGUAAAGAAUGAGGAAGGAGAAGUCAUCAUGUUCAUCUUAAACUUCGAGGAUCUGGCGCUGCUGCUGGCAAGGAAAGCUAACAAGACUCUUCAUCAAAGGUUGACACGAGCUGCCUUCAAUUCAGAGAGGUCAAAAAUGAAGCCAAACUUCCUGAAUUCCUCUGCUGAUGCCGACCUCAUGAGGUACAGAACUAUCAGUCAGAUACCCCAGUUUACUCUCAACUUUGUGGAAUUCAACCUAGAAAAGCACCGGUCUGCUUCCACCACAGAGAUUGAGAUAGUAGCCCCCAGCAACGCCUUUGAGAGGACGCAAAACGUCACAGAGAAGGUGACCCAGGUCCUUUCCCUGGGGGCAGACGUGUUGCCAGAGUACAAGCUGCAGGCACCGCGGAUACACCGAUGGACCAUCCUCCAUUACAGCCCUUUCAAAGCAGUGUGGGACUGGUUAAUCCUACUGCUGGUCAUCUACACCGCUAUCUUUACCCCAUACUCAGCAGCAUUUCUGCUGAACGACCAGGAGGAAGAAAGAACUUGGGAAUGUGGCUAUUCCUGCAACCCCCUCGACAUCGUGGACCUGAUUGUGGACAUUAUGUUCAUUGUAGAUAUUGUCAUCAACUUCCGCACCACCUAUGUCAACACAAAUGAUGAGGUGGUUAGCCACCCGGCCAAGAUCGCCAUCCAUUAUUUCAAAGGCUGGUUCCUUAUAGAUAUGGUGGCGGCAAUUCCCUUUGAUCUGCUUAUCUAUAGGACAGGCUCAGAUGAGACGACCACUCUGAUAGGCCUUCUGAAGACAGCACGUUUGCUGCGUUUAGUACGCGUUGCCCGGAAGCUGGACCGCUAUUCUGAAUAUGGAGCUGCUGUCUUAUUCCUACUCAUGUGCACCUUUGCCCUCAUAGCCCACUGGCUUGCCUGCAUCUGGUAUGCCAUUGGUAACGUGGAGAGACCCUACAUGGAACACAAAAUUGGUUGGCUUGAUAAUUUGGCCAACCAGAUUGGAAAGAGCUACAACGACACUGACAUCGGUUCAGGACCUACCAUCAAGGACAAGUAUGUGACAGCUCUAUACUUCACCUUCAGCAGCCUGACCAGUGUUGGAUUUGGAAAUGUCUCCCCAAACACCAACUCAGAGAAGAUCUUCUCCAUUUGUGUCAUGCUCAUAGGAUCCCUCAUGUACGCCAGCAUCUUUGGUAAUGUCUCCGCCAUUAUCCAGCGCUUGUACUCCGGCACUGCGAGAUACCACACCCAGAUGUUACGUGUCAAAGAGUUUAUUCGCUUCCACCAGAUUCCCAACCCGCUGAGGCAGCGUCUGGAAGAGUAUUUCCAGCACGCCUGGUCCUACACCAAUGGCAUUGAUAUGAACGCGGCUAAUAUUCAUCCAGCGGCUGGAUCUCAAGCAAAGAUCAUCUGCCAGGUGCUGAAAGGAUUCCCGGAGUGCCUACAGGCAGACAUAUGUCUGCAUCUCAAUCGCACGCUGCUUCAGAAUUGCAAAGCUUUCAAGGGAGCAACCAAAGGAUGCCUGAGGGCACUGGCCAUGAAGUUCAAGACUACACAUGCCCCUCCAGGCGACACCUUGGUUCACUAUGGGGAUGUGCUUACCACCCUCUACUUCAUCUCUCGUGGGUCGAUCGAGAUUCUAAGGGAUGACAUUGUAGUGGCUAUUUUGGGAAAAAAUGACAUCUUUGGAGAGCCCAUCAGUCUGUAUGCCCGUCCUGGAAAGUCAAGUGCAGAUGUGAGAGCUUUGACUUAUUGUGACCUUCACAAGAUCCAAAGAGAAGAUCUUCUAGAAGUGCUGGACAUGUAUCCAACAUUCUCCGACUGCUUCUGGAGCAACCUGGAGAUAACGUUUAACUUAAGAGACGCAGAUAGUAUUCCUAGAUCCCCUGGGAGUGAAGAAUUUAACUGCAGUUACCGUAAGCCACGUAGAUGUAAACAACCAGGACGCCGCCGGAAGAAACAAGUAGAUGGCAUCGAUGACGUGAAUUCAGAUGUUGAACAAUAUCACACAUAUUCUGAGCUGACCAAUAUCCAGCGGCCACUAAGUAGAGAUCAUUGGGAUGAAAUGGCGAGCAGCACCACUCCAUGCUCCCAGACCAGUGAUGAUGAAACCAAACCGCUAAACUCAGCACGUAUGGACAGGCUACCACAGGCGGACAAGCAAGAAUUUAUCCCAGCUGUGGUGAACUUGGUGACAGCCAACAUAAGCAGCUGUGAAGGAGGCAGGAAGGUUUUGGAGACAGUGGAGACUUAUUCAGCUUCUCCUAUUGAGGUUCCCAACUUGUUCAGCUUCUGGGGUGACAGAAGUCCAGCUGCAUGCCCGGAAGCCCAACAACACAUUUCCAUGGUGCACAAUUCCCUGGAUCCACCACUCAGUCCUGAUGACCGGCCAGGCGAGGUGGAGUCAAGACUGGAGCUCCUCCAAUCUCAACUAGACAGGUUAGAGUCCAGGAUGUCUUCAGAUAUCAGUAUAAUCCUGCAGUUACUGCAGAGACAACUCUCUCAGAUCCCUCCUGCAUAUAGCCCCAUCUCUCCCAGCUCCCAUACUCUAGGACUCUAUCACACAGAAUCCAAGAGCCUGGAGCCUAUACUGAGUAAUCCUUCUCUCCCCACAGACUCUCCUGUCUCUCCUCUUCAGAGUCCAGAAUUGACUGACUACAAUGAUUUAGAACCUCUAAACCUUAAGCCUAAUGUUCUGCAUCUCAGCACUAGUCCCCAAGAACCUGUUGGUGUAAUACCAGGACCUGAAUAUCCACAGUUCCACCCUAUCCCACCUCCAGAAACCACCUCCCAGGCAAUCUUAGGGAGCUUCCGCUUUCCAUCUCUCCCUGACCACCUGGAGUGUCCUUCUCCACCGGACCUGGAGUUUCAAAGACACCUUUCAGACCCAGUUCUCCCAGGGAGUUAGGGCCAUGGAGGAAGAUACGGAAGAUUACCCGUUUUCAUUGCAAGGUUGGGGAGGGGCGAACAAUGUUUUAGCCUGAGCUCCUUUUUAUGCAUAGAAUAGAUUUAUCAUUGGCCGUUUCUAACUGGAAGAAAAGGUUAGAUGGGAAUGCACUUCCAAGAAGUCUGACCAUUCAAGGUGGUGGCACUGCUUUUCCUACAUGAGUGUCCAUUUCUUCGCAUCUCAUAAUUCUUAAUAAUAUGUGUUAGUGAGAUUUUCUCCUACAGGGAAAGAUUAAGAUAUGGAAAGUGACAACAGCAGAGACUCUUAAGAAAACCUGCUUGAUGUCUGAGAAUAUGAGCGGUGCCAUGAUAGAUAAGACACAAAUGCUGAAGAAAUUAUUUGCUCUUCCAUUCGGGAACAUACGCAGUGCAUGCUAUCAUAUAUUGAGCAUGAUCUGGGUGGCAGAUGAAUUUUAGGAAGAUUACAACUAUCAGGGUCUCAGCAAGAGAGUUACACUAGAAAUGCAAUGAAGCAAUGUAUUCCUUAAUGAUAGCUUCAAAGACUUAUGUAUUUAAUAUCGUCAUAUAGAGCAACAGUUCUGACUUAGCAUCAUGAUAUCUUGAUCCCUGUUCUGGAAUAUAUUACUGCACAUCUUUCAUUCAAGUAAGACAUACUGUAUUUUACUAUAAACCUGAGUGUCGGUAUGUACACCAAAAAAUGUACUGUACGUACACAGAAAACCUUGGCUGGACAGUUCAGUAAUCUCCCAUGCACUUGUUUUCCCCAUCCCAUUUUGUAAUCUUGUCAAGGUCAACUUCUGCUUCUGCCCAACUUCCAAUGACUUAAUUUUGCACAUAUAUAUAUAUAUAUAUAUAUAUAUUUUAAAAGCCAUCAAAUUUGGACAUGAUACUGUUACAAGGCUGUUCAGUUCCCAUCCUUUUAGUAGUAGUAGAGUUGCAGCAUAGAAAGAAAUACAUAAUAUCAUGUAAGACAUUCUGCUUCUCAGUAUGUUAAAAAUCUAAUGCAUUUCACAGGUGGGCAAGUCUUCCAGCUCUGACCCUUGGGUUCCUCAUCGUACUCAUGAUUUCCACCAAUAUGUACAAGGUCAUGAAGGUGCAGAGACUCAUAAGUACAGGGGGUGUUCCUUGGGAUUGAGUGAUAUUGUCUGCAGUUACCACAUUUCUACAUAUUCCUUUAGAAAAUGAGUGAUCUGUAUAGUGAACAUGCAUCUACUAGUAAUAGUAUUUUGUGACUCAAAAGCCAUGACGUUUAUAAAUUACGUGAUUGACAUUUUUUCCCACAGCCUAAUAUGAACAUUUCAGGACCAAGCCCCUUUUAGGUCCAAAAGCAUGUGCUGAUUAUUUUCUUAAAGGGGUAUUUCAGUUAGAAGCAAUUACCAUCCAUCCACUAGAAAGGUCUGACUGCUAGGACCCCCCACCGAUUGGCAAAAUGGGCAACAUCUGUCCCCUUUUCUUCCCAGCUGCAAAACCACAGUUAGAAGGAGCGGUUGUCAAGCGCGUACUCUGUAAAUAGCUGGGAGAUUUUCUGGGCUAUCUUUGUCAGUUCCAUACAUUUUGGAUGGAGCAGCAGGACACAUGCUUGCAGCCUUGAGGCUGGGGAGAACGGAGGACGUGCGAUGAGUGGGGGUUGAAACAGUUGUACCCCCAUUAGUGUAGCAGUUAUAACUAGUAGGUGAUAACUGCUUCUAACCAGAGUAUCCUUUUAAUGUAUAGUUAUAGGGGACAGAGCAUUAUAUUUUGUGUUUCAAAACCACACACGUUUUGAGCUGAAUUUUCACUGUUUUGUGAAGUCAUAGGACUGCAGUUUUUAUAGGUGAAUCACAAAAAAAGUUUUACAUUUAAAAAUAGAACAUGCAAAAACCUUGCUGUGCAAUUCAGAGUAAAAUGUGCACUAUGUGCAGUACACUUAUUGGUUGUGUGACACCUUAGGCCUUAGAGGAGACAUGGUCCCCCUAGUGGUCAGCAAAGACAGAUCAUUACAACUCUUUAGAAAGAGAAAUCAAGGAUUAGCUUUCAGAAUAGUAAAUUGUAACACACAAUUGUUUAUUCAUGGCCUCUCAGGAUAGGCGAUUAAAGGGGUAUUCUGGGC